UUGCCAAGCGGAACAGCUGGUGGGGACGGACGGUGCGAAGUUACGAGGGUGGGCUGGAAAGGUCGAAGAGGGUUACAACGGUUGUUUAUGGCAAUUGGACACUCUCUCAGCUGAUGGACUUGCAAUCAACUCUUGAGCCGGACCGCGGCCGGCUGCUAUACGUUCACGGUCCCGCAGGAAAGCACAUGACUCUGCAUACAGCCGGACCCGCUCAGUGAACUCCUCGGACGUCUCAGAGGUUGCCAGGACAUCGAAUGCACAUGAAAUAUCAACGGCGACGGCAAUGAGUUUGCAAGAACCGCAGGCCUGGCGAGAGCAAUUGCUUUCGCGGCUCCUGGAACGCGAUAGACGGGAGAAGGCUCACACGGAGAUGAUACAAGCUUAUACGAAGCUUGCAGCAGGCGUUGUGGAAGCGAACAAACCCCGGCCCAGUAGUGAGUCCGGCGCAGCUGAGAAAAGCACAAAGUUCCCUUCGGCAGACAGCAGCGAUAACGUCGAUGAAUUCAAGGCAACAAUCGCGGACCUCUACAAGUUGCAGAGUGAGUUGAAGCAGCAACUGAACACAACGACCAAGGAAUUAGAGACGACAAAAGACGCUGUAGCAAACAUUGAGAGACAGUUGUCACACGCGCAAGCGCGCCGAGAUGCCCUCGAACGCAAAGAUCGCGUCAACGAGGAAACUAUGCGGGAGAAGAACAAGGAGAUCCAGUACUUGCAAGAUGAGAUCCUCACCUUCCAAUUACAGCUGUCACUGCUGGAAGACAAGGUAAAUGGACUUGAGGCGGAUAACAGGCAGUUGCUCGAACGAUGGAUGCAGAAGAUGAAGCAAGAAGCAGAGAAGAUGAACGAGGCCAACGAGAUGUAUGAAGCGGUACACACAGCCGGUGCCAAGCCGCAGCCCUAA